AUGGAUUUGGAAGCAAGAGAGAAGAAGGAGAUUGAGAGAGAGGACGUGGAAGACGAGACAGUAAUCGAACCCGAGGAGUUAGCUGGGACAAUCCUUCCAUGGACAGAGCAGAUAACGGUACGGGGAGUCGUUGCAAGCAUAGUGAUUGGAAUGGUGUACAGCGUGAUAGCCAUGAAGCUAAACCUCACAACUGGGAUUGUUCCUAACCUCAAUGUCUCUGCUGCUCUCCUUGCCUUUGUGUUUAUCCGGACAUGGACAAACCUGCUUCAAAAGGCAGGAUUUGAAUCAAGACCCUUCACCCGGCAAGAGAAUACUAUGAUACAGACUUGUGCAGUUGCAUGUUAUAGUAUUGCUGUGGGAGGUGGAUUUGCAUCCUAUCUCUUGGGAUUAAACAAGAAGACAUACGAGUUGUCUGGGGUGAACACAGAGGGAAACUCUGCAUCUGCUGUCAAGGAACCUGGGCUUGUUUGGAUGACUGGCUUCCUUUUUCUAGUCUGCUUUGUUGGCCUUUUUGUCUUAAUUCCUCUCAGGAAGAUCAUGAUAGUUGACCUGAAAUUAACAUAUCCAAGUGGUUUGGCAACUGCUGUUCUCAUCAAUGGCUUCCACACUCGGGGAGAUAAGAUGGCUAAGAAGCAAGUGCAUGGUUUCAUGAAGUACUUUUCAGUCAGCUUCUUGUGGGGAUUUUUCAAGUGGUUUUACAGUGCCAAAGAAGAAUGUGGAUUCGCCCAAUUCCCCACAUUCGGAUUGCAAGCUUGGAAACACACAUUCUACUUCGAUUUUAGUAUGACUUUUGUUGGAGCAGGCAUGAUAUGUUCCCAUCUAGUAAACUUGUCCUUGCUUCUUGGAUCUGUUCUCUCUUUCGGAGUAAUGUGGCCGCUUAUUGGCCAGCUUAAAGGACACUGGUUUUCUGAGAGUUUAGAUGAAUAUGACAUGAAGAGUUUAUAUGGUUACAAGGUAUUUCUAUCGGUUGCUCUAAUCCUUGGCGAUGGACUUUACAAUUUCAUCAAGAUACUGAUUUCAACCAUCGUUAACAUUCAUGACAGAAUGAAAAACAAGAAUCUCAACUUGGCUGUGGAUGGCCAGGUGAAGCCAAUUGAAGAAAAACAAAAUGAAAUCUUCCUCAGUGAAAAUAUUCCCAUGUGGGUUGGAGUUGCCGGAUACGCUGUCUUCUCCAUAAUUUCCAUAAUUGCUAUCCCGAUGAUGUUCCCAGAACUUAAAUGGUAUUAUGUCAUUGUAGCCUACAUGCUUGCUCCAUCUCUUGCAUUCUGCAAUGCAUAUGGAGCUGGUCUCACUGAUAUAAACAUGGCCUAUAACUACGGAAAAGUUGCCCUCUUUGUGCUAGCAGCAUUGACCGGAAAAGAACACGGUGUGGUGGCAGGGCUUGCAGGGUGUGGCCUCAUCAAAUCAGUUGUUUCUGUGGCUUGUAUUCUGAUGCAGGAUCUCAAGACAGCCCAUCUAACUUUCACCUCUCCUAGAGCAAUGUUUGUGAGCCAAACCCUUGGCACUGCGUUAGGCUGUGUGACAGCUCCUCUCAGCUUCUUCUUGUUCUACAAGGCAUUUGAUGUGGGAAACCCACAUGGAGAGUUCAAAGCGCCUUAUGCGUUGAUUUACAGAAACAUGGCAAUUCUAGGUGUUCAAGGCUUCUCGGCGCUGCCUCAGCAUUGCCUGCAGCUCUGUUACGGCUUCUUUGCUUUCGCGGUGAUAGUUAACCUGGUUCGAGAUUUUUCACCCAAGAUUGGAAAAUAUAUGCCACUUCCCAUGGUCAUGGGUGUGCCAUUUCUAGUUGGGGCAUACUUUGCCAUUGAUAUGUGUAUCGGAAGUCUGAUCGUUUUCACAUGGCACAAGCUUGACAGCAAGAAGGCUGUGCUGAUGGUUCCGGCAGUUGCUUCCGGAUUAAUUUGUGGGGAAGGGCUGUGGACUCUCCCAGCUUCAGUUCUUGCUCUGGCCAAAGUAAAACCACCCAUGUGCAUGAAAUUUUUGGGUUCCUAG